AUGGCGCAGAAUUCACUUACCUUGCCCGCAACCCUGGUCUAUGAAGGCCGUGAAUAUUCCAGAUCAGGCAUAAAGCCAUUCAUCCUCACCAUCGAGCUGGUGGAAGUAGUUCCGUUCGACGAAGAUGAUACGAGCGAGGACUUGCCCGAACCCGCAGGAUAUGGACCCCAGCAAGUGGUGUUCGGUGGUGUUCUCUACUUCCUAGAAUCAACCCCUCCUCACGAGAUCGAAGACUCGGUUUUGCGAACUGUCGAGAAAGACGUCGCACUUCAACAAGCUCAGGUACUGCAACCUCAGCCGCAACCCCUUCAGGCCGCACCACCACCACGACUCGCCAACCAACAUUUCCCUGCAAAUCGUGGUUUCUCGACUGGUCCAACUAACAGAGCCAUGCCCGCCCGCGCUCGAGUCACGACGGCGAAGAAGUUGCCAUAUCUAUUCGACAUACCAGCAUCUCAGCAGGCGGGUAUUCAAGUCAUCACCCCUUCUCAAUCCAAUCCAGUUGUUCGCAUUGUCAAUGGCAAGCGCAUGAGGGCUAGAUGGACCAACGAACACACUCAAUACCUGGACGAGUUGAUAUGGUUGGGUAUGUUGUUGACGAACCGUCGUCUCGAGGUCCGAGAUUUUCAGGCUGUUACUGAGGCCUUGCACCGAAGAUUUCGUGGAACACCCGACUACACAAUCAGGGGUUGGAACACCGUGCACAGCUAUGCCACGAGACGUCCUACUUACCCCAAGUUUGUGAACCAUGUGCUAUCGCUCCCUUGA